GGGACCCAUUAGUUGUGCAUCAGUGUGGGCCUCUCGGCCCUUUCCUCCUGUAGUAUUUGAAUUUUGGAUUUCAAAAGUCUCAGAUUUCCUCUAUUUAUCCAGUCAUUAAACACCACACACACAGUUGAAAAUAAUACAAUCAUGGAGACCUGGUUCAUAAUCCUCGUCUCGCUAUGCAUCUCAGCACUGAUCAAAUUUUUCUUCAACCUCCUCUUCUCUUCUUCUUCCCACAACAAAAAGAAGCUUCCGCCGGGACCCUCUACUUUUCCGAUCAUCGGAAACUUUCUAUUGCUACGGAAGUCGUUUUCGGAGAUCGAACUCGUCCUCAAAGAUCUCCGGCAAAAGUACGGUCCCAUCAUCACUCUGCAUAUAGGGUCUCGGCCGGCCAUCUUCAUCGGCAACCACUCGCUCGCCCACAAAGUCCUUGUCCAGAAUGGCGCCGUCUUCUCCGACCGCCCCAAGGCGCUGGCCGCCGGCAAGAUCAUCAACAGCAACCAACACAGCGUCAGCUCCGCCGCCUACGGCCCCACUUGGCGCACCCUCCGCCGCAACCUCACUUCCGAGAUACUCCACCCUUCCCGCGUCAAGAAUUACUCGGCGGCGCGAAACUGGGUUCUCGCCAUCCUUAUUAACCGCCUAAACAAAUCGCAGUCGGAAUCGAAAUCCGUGAUAGUGGUGGAUCAUUUUCAGUACGCCAUGUUCUGUCUUCUGGUCUUGAUGUGCUUCGGCGACAAGCUUGAGGAAAAGCAAAUCAAAGAAAUUGAAAGAGUUCAGCGAGAGCUGUUACUGAGUUUUGACCGAUUUAACAUACUCAAUUUCUGGCCGACCAUCGGAAAAAUUUUGUUCCGGAAUCGGUGGAAAGAACUGAUACGGCUGCGACAGAAUGAGGAUGCUGUAUUGAUCCCUCUGAUCAGAGCCCGGUCAGUAGAAGUUGCUCUCAAGAAGCAACGGAAAGAAGAGUACGGUGAUGGUGAUGGUGUGGUGGCGUACGUCGACACUUUGAUGGAUCUGGAGUUGCCGGAGGAGAAGAGGAAGCUUAACGACGACGAGAUGGUGAGUCUGUGCGAGGAAUUUCUCAACGCGGGCACUGACACGACGUCGACGGCGUUGCAGUGGAUCAUGGCUAGCUUGGUGAAGUACCCGGAUGUUCAGGCCAAGCUUUAUGAAGAGGUUACCGGAGUCGUGGGACCACCGCCACCGCUGCCACCAUCGGACGAGGAGGCGGGGUUGAUAGUGAUAAAGGAGGAGGAUUUGCCGAGGAUGCCAUACUUGAAAGCUGUGGUGUUGGAAGGCCUGAGGCGUCACCCGCCGGGGCACUUCGUAUUGCCUCACUCGGUGACGGAGGAGACUGAGUUAGAAGGGUUCGUGGUGCCGAAGAAUGCCACCAUCAAUUUCAUGGUGGCCGAGAUGGGUUGGGACUCUAAAGUAUGGGAUGACCCAAUGGAUUUCAAACCAGAUAGAUUCUUGACUUCUACUACUGUUAAUGGGAUUGGCGGUGGUGCUGAUAAAGAGGCGGUGAUCGGAGGAGAAGCUGGUGGUUUUGACAUAACUGGGAGCAGAGAAAUCAAGAUGAUGCCAUUUGGAGCGGGAAGGAGGAUUUGCCCCGCGUCGAGUUUGGCUUUGCUUCAUUUGGAGUAUUUUGUUGCUAAUUUGAUUUGGUAUUUCAAAUGGACGGCUGGUGAUGAUGGCGAUGUUGAUCUAUCAGAGAAGCAAGAGUUCACUGUUGUGAUGAAGAAUCCGUUACGUGUACAUCUCUCCCCAAGGACGCAACAAUUUUAGCAGGGUAAGCAAAUAAUUCGUCAGUUCAAAUCGAUUCGGUUUUUAGAUGUCAUAGUUGGGUGAUCAGUUUGUAGAUCUCAUUAUGUUUAAAAAAAUAACAAUUCGCGAUUUGAUUGGAUUGGGUGUGCUGUAAUAUUAUUAAAAAAAUAUUGUAAUGUUAUUAGAAAAAUAUUGUAAUAUUAUUAAAAAAUAUUUAUAUUUGAUAUUGUAAUA